GUAUCUGUAGUUUAUUCUUAAACCCAUAGUUGAAAUGCAAAAGGGACCCAUGGAAGGUAGACAUAAGGAUUUUAAAGCAGGAGGCACAGCAAGCCUUCAAACAGAGAACUAAGGACAGCAAACCAUCCUACAGGCUUUGAUUUCUAAAAGCCUAAAGGCUCCCCAUAGCCAACCUAAGCCAGAGCCUUGGAGUCCUUCCCAACCAUGCAAGGACAGGUCCUAUUGUGACCUCAUGAGGAGCGAGUGUGAGGCGGUCCAGCCAACAGAUGUUAAGCUGUAGCCAGGCCUGGAUUUCCUUGAGUGUGUUUAGAGGAGUGGUGGAGUGGAGACUUUGGUGAUUUUGGUGGAUCUAGUGAGCAGUGUGUGGAUUUUGCAUUUGAUUGAUUUGUGUGUAGCUUGUGUAUGAGUGUCUAGGUCAGUGUUUGUGUGGACAGUUGCUUUUGUGUGUGUGUGUGUGUGUGUGUGUGUGUGUGUGUUGGUAUACUUGGUGGUGACUGUGAGUGCAUCUGUGAGUGUGGGUGUGUGGGUGUGCCCAACUGUGUGUGAGUGUCUGUUGUGCCCUGUUGGUGCACUAGUUGUAGGUGUGAGAACACCUGUGUGAGGAAAAGUUUUGAGGCCGGCAGUCAGCUUGGCCAUUGUUUCUAAGGUAAGCAUAUUUUGGUUUAAGUUUAUUUGUUUAUUCACUUUACAUCCCAAUCAUAGCCUCUCCCUCUCUCCUCUCCUCCUACUCCCGGCUCACAUGCCCCUCUUCCUAUAAUUCCCUUCCCUUCUCAGAGAAGUGGGCAACCCCUUGGGUAUCACUCUGCCCUGAAAAAUCAAUUCCUAGCAGGACUUAGUUUAUCCUCACCCAGAAAAAACAGCCCAUGUAGGGGAAAGGGAUCCGAAGGCAGGCAACAGAGUAAGAGACAAGCUCUGCUCCAAUUGUUAGGAGCAGAAGACAUAUUAAGUCCUGUGUGCAAGUCAUAGAAUAUAAUUAACAAUGCUCUGUCCCAUGGGCUGGGUCUCAAGUUGGGCCGAUCAUUAGUUGGACUUUCCUUCAAUCUCUGCUCCACCUUUAUCCCUAAACAUCUUAUAAGUAAGACAAGUUUUGGGUUGAAGGUUUUGUGGGUUGGUUAGUGUCCCCCUUCCCCUAGUGAAAAUCCUUUCUACCUACAGGACAUGGGUAUGUCAGUCUCUCCAACCCCAGCUGCUAGUAGGCUCAGCUAGCAUCACUCUAAGAGACUCCCUGGAGCCUCCCACCCCCAGUCUCCUUCAUGCCAGAGAUGCAUUGCCCAAACCCAGCCUUCUCCUUUCUCCUUCCUCUGUGCCCUGCCCUGUUCUUGUCCCCAAUCCUCUCCCCAUCAGUUCCCUCCCUCCACUCAACUUUUUGAAUUUCCCUUUUGAAUGAGAUUCAAGCAUCCUGCCUUGAGUCAUCGUUAUUUAGCUUUGUUGGGUCUGUUGAUUAUAGCAUGGUUAUCCUGCACUUUGUAGCUAAUAUCCAUUUAUAAGUGUAUACAUACUAGGUUUGUCCUUCUGGGUCUGGGUUACGUCACUCCGGAUGACAUGUUCAGUUUCUAAUCAUUGGUGUUCAAGUUUCACAGUGUCCUCCUUUUAAUAGCUGAGUAAUAUUCCAUUGUGUAAAUGAACCACAUUUUCUUAUCCAUUCUUCAUUGAGGGACAUCUGGGUAGUUUCAAGUUUCUGGCUGUUAUGAAUAAGGCUGUUAUGAAUACAGUUGAGGAAGUUGCCUGUGGCAUGGUGAAACAUCUUUUGGGUAUAUGCCUGGGAGUGGUAUAGGUGGGUCUAGUUAGAAUUAUUCCCGAUUUUCUAAGAAACGGCCAAAUUGAUUUCCAGAGUGGUUGUGCAAGUUGGUACUCCCAGCAACAAUGGAAGAGUGUUCUUCUUGCUCCAUAUCCUCAACAGCAUGUGAUGUCACUUGAGUUUUAGAUCUUACACAUUCUGAUGGGUGUAAAAUGGAAUUUCAGAGUCAUUUUGAUUUGUAUUUCGUUGAUGACUAAGUACGUUGAACUUUUCUUUAAGUGCUUCUCAGCCUUUAGAGAUUCCUCACUUGAGAAUUCUCUGGCUCUGUGCCCCUUUUCAAUUGGGUUGUUUGCAUUCACAAUGUCUAGCUUCUUGGCUCCUUUAUGUAUUUUGGAUAUUAGCCCUCUGUCAGAUGUAGGAUCAUGCAGAUCUUUCCACACUCUUUAGGCUGUUGUUUUGUCCUAAAGACAGUGUCCUCUGCACUUCAGAAGAUUUCAGUUUCAUGAGGUCCCAUUGUUGAUCUUAGUAUCUGAGCCAUUGGUGUUGUGUUCAGGAAGUUGUCUCCUGAACCAAUGAGUUCAACACUAUUUGUAUUACAUUUACUGUGUCUGAUUUUAUGUUGAGGUCUUUGAUCUACUUCAUAAUCCAAAAUUAAAAUUAUACAGUUGACAGUUUUUAUAUUAGUUUUAAAGAUCAGAACAUUUUCCCUUGAGUUUUGCUAGUUAACUACUGAACUAUCUCCCUAGCCUGGGGAUAUUGGAGGGUUUGGGUUUGUGCUUGGGUUUGGGAUUUUUCUUUGUUUAUUUUCCUAAGGUUAGGUUUUCUGCUUAGCCCUGAGUACCCUGGAACUUUCUCUAUAGACCAGGCAGGCCUCAAACUCAGAGAUCUUCCUGCCUCUGCCUCCUGAGUGCUGUGAGGAAAGGUAUGGACCAUCACGACCCAGGGAUUAUUUGAGUUUUAACCUUUUAUGCUUCUGAUUUUAUUUUCUGGUUUUCUUUGCUUGGAUUGUUUUUGGCUUUCAGAGUUGUUGAGGUUUUUUUUUACUUCUUUUGUUUUUCUUAUGUUUACAAUUUGGAGAAUUUUGUGCUAGUGUUGGUUUCAAUCUUGUAUCUGUUGAGACCUGUUUUGUGACUAAUUAUAUGGUCAGUUAGGGGGAAGGUAACUUGAGGUACUGAGAAGAAGGUAUAUUCUUUUGUUUUACGAUGAAAUAUUCUAUAAAUAUCUGUUAAAUCCAUUUGGUUCCUAAACUUCUGUCAGACUAGCUAUGUCUCUGUUUAGUUUCUGUUUCCAUGAUCUGUCCAUUGAUGAGAGUGGGGUGUUGAAGUCUCCCAUGAUUAUUGUGUGAGGUGCAAUGUGUGCUUUGAGCUUGACUAAGUAUACUUUUAUGAAUGUAGGUGCUCUUGCAUUUGAAGCAGAGAUAUUCAGGAUUGAGAGUUCAUCUUGGUGGAUUUUUCCAUUGAUGAAUAUGAAAGUUUUUUGAUAACUUUUGGUUGAAAGUCAAUUUUGUUAGACGUUAGAAUGGCGACUCCAGCUUGUUCCUUGGGACCAUCUGCUUGGAAAAUUGUUUUCCAGACUUUUACUCUGAGGUAGAGGCUGUCUUUGACACUGAGGUAUGUUUCCUCUAUGCAGCAAAAUUCUGGGUAGUCUUUUACAUGUCCAGUCUGUUGGACUAUGUCUUUUUAUUGGGGAAUUGAGUCCAUUGCUGGUACGAGAUAUUAAGGAAUAGUGAUUGCUGUCCCCUGUUGCUUUCGUUGCUAGAGGUGGAAUUAUGUUUGUGUGGCUCUCUUUUGUGUGUGUUGCAAGGGGAUUACGUUCUUCCUUUUUCUAAGGGGUCGUUUCGCUCCUUGUGUUGGAGUUUUCCAUCUGUUAUCCUUUUUAGGGAUGGAUUUGUGGAAAGAUAUUGUGUAAAUUUGGUUUUGCCAUGUAAUAUCUUCUUUUCUCCAGCUAUCGUAGUUGAGAAGUUUGCUGGAUACAGUAACCUGGUCUGGCAUUUGUGUUCUCUUAGGGUCUGUUUGACAUCUGCCCAGGAUCUUCUGGCUUUCAAGGUCUCUGGUGAGGAGUCUGCGGCAAUUCUGAUAGGUCUGCCUUUAUAUGUUACGUGACCUUUUACCCUUACUGCUUUUAAUAUUCUGUCUUUGUUUUGUGCAUUUGGUGUUUCUUUUGUGGUCCAAUCUAUUUGGAGUUCUCUAGGCUUCCUGGAUGUUUAUGGGCAUCUUUUAUUUUAGGUUAGGGGAGUUACCUUCAAUAAUUUUUUGAAGAUAUUUACUGGCCCUUUAAGUUGGAAUCUUUCUCUCUUCCAUCUCUAUUAUCCUUAGGUUGCUGCAAUUUUCAAUUGCCAACUGGUUGUCUCUGGUGUUAUCUGGUCUUGCUGACGAUAACAGUGGCUUGACCCUCCUGUAAGCCUGUGUAUCAGCAAUCCUGGAGACUGGCUUUCACACGGUCAUUUCUGGGUACAGAGAGCUUUGGGACUGGCUCAGCUCUGGUUGGAGGCAGGAAUUGAAAGGGUUCUAUCCCAGACUGCUCCUGGGUUGGUGUGUCCUGAGGGCUUCAGGCAGGACACUUGGAGCAGAACUGAUGGUCUUAGAACUGCUCUCUAGUGUGUCUUCGCCCCUUGUGAAUGGCUUUCAAUUCUUGCACAGGGAGAGACUGCCUGACUGCUCCUAGGAUCCUGGGUGCACAGGACUCUAGGCAGGUUCCUCUUCUGCCAGGAACGUGAGCAGAAUUGGUGGCCUCCCCCAUGCUCCCAGAAUUCUCCUCACUUCUGAGAGUCCAGCUGUCUCCCCCAUGGGAUUUGGGUACCUCUCAUAGGACUCUUUAUGCAUGGGAGUUUUGGUUAUUGCUGUUUUUACUCUAACUGGGGAUUUGAGUUUGUGAUUAUUUGUGGUUUUUAAAUCUUAUAUAAAUUCUUGGAGAAUUUCGUACUUCCAUUGAAUGUAUUUGGAUCCUCUUCACUCCCUGCAUCCUUCACCAACUCCUCCCAUAUCCAUCUUCACAGUCACUUGCCACAACCCACAAAUUCAUGGUUUUUUUAAUAACCUGGUGUCCUGUGUUCCUGAGUGUGGGGAAUGACUCUCUUCCCUAUGUGUCGUCAACUGUCAAUGUUCCCCCUCUGGGUUAGUCAUGCAGGACUGCUUGAUUUUGUGGAGAUCUGAUGCAGGCAGUCACAGCUGUUGGGAGUUUAUGAAUGAGGUGGUCUUGUGUUGAGAAGAUAUUUUGAUAUGUCUCUUCCCAACCCCAGGAUCUUACAAUUUCUCUGCCCUUGUUUUCCAUUAUAAUCCCUGAGCCAUGGAGGGAGGGAGGGAGGGAAUGUGGACACACCCCCCACACCUGUUUCGCCUGAGUACUUUGUCAACAGGUAUUCUCCAGUCUUUUAGCAGCUAUGAGUUUCUGUGCUAUUGCACCAAGAACUUUCUCUGAGAUAUGAGAGUUGUACUAUUAAAUCUGAAGACUUCUUGCAAGGAUGUGCAUAUGAGUAAGAACAUGCUGUGUUAUUUUGAGUCUGGGUGAGCUCACUUAGUGUAACCUUGUCUAGCUCCAAGCAUUUAGUUGGAAACUUGAUAAUUUCAGUUUCUUUUACAUCUGAAUUACAUUCCACUGUGUGUAGGUACCACACUCGCAUUAGUCAUUCAUCAGCUGGAUGGAUACCUAGGCUGUCUACAUUCCCUGCACCGUGAACAAAUGAAACAGUAGUGAACAUGGAUGAACAAGUGUCUUUGCAGCAGGAAAUAUUGUUCCUUGAGUAUAUCCCAGGAAUGGCGUAGCUGUAUCAGGUGGCACACCUAUUUCUAGUUUUCUGAGGAACCCCCACACUCUACAGUGGCCACCUCAGUUUAUAGCCUCCCACGGACACUGUGCAUGAGGGUCUCCAUCCCCCACAUCCACCCCAGCAUUGUUGCCUUUGCCAUUCUGAUUAGAAUAAGAUGAAGUCUCAAACUAGUUUUAGUUUUCAUCUCCCUAAUGGCCCAAGAUGGUGAACAUAUACAUAUAUAUUUCUUAGCCAUACAUUCCUUAGCCAUGCAUGACUUGUGAGAAAAACCCUUUGAAGACCCCUAUCUCAAUUAAUCCCAAUUAUUCACUGGGACAUUCCCUUAGAGUUGUCUCUUUAUUACUUUCUAUAUUCUAGGAGUUUUGAUGAGUGCGUUCUAUUUUGUUUUAAUCUCUAGGUAUUUAGCUUUUAUGUAGUUUUGCUUGUUUGGAGGUUGAUUUUGUUUCAUUUCAUUUUCUGUAGCUUGGGUUUUCUAACUGUUAAUAGUUUUAAUUCCUUUGAUUGUUCGUAUAUUUCGUUGUACAUUUUUUUUCUUACACGAUCAGUGAUGUUGAUUCUUAGUGUGGCUGAGCUGUGCUCCUCCCUCCUAGUGACUAGUAUGUAGUUUUUUACUUAGGAUUUCCUUGGCUUUGUACGUUGUUUUACUUUUGAGGGUUUCUGUUGUUGUUUUGGUUGGUUUUAGUUUUCUGUUUUUCUUAUUUUUCACUAUUUUACUUUCCAUCUUAGCUCUCUUUCUUCCCUUUAUUUCUUUUUCCUUCCUCUUAGGUAGCAUUUAUACUCUGUUACCUCCAAUGAGCUUCCGGAGCAAACGGGAGUCAGAAAGGCUCCGAUCUCAGGGCAGCUCUUGCACAGAGAGUUUCUGCUCUCAAUAUUUGGUUUUGAAUACCAUCGGCCAUGGUUUCCACGCGGCCGUGAAGUUGGCCGUGCACCGCCUCACAGGUACCCCCGUGGCUGUCAAAAUGCUCCUCAAGAGACAACAGUGGUGCCAGCAGGUCACAUCUGAGGUAGAAAUCAUGAUGAGGAUCAACCACCCAAAUAUUGUAUCUCUCAUACAAGUCAUUGACACUGAAAAGAUAACAUACCUCAUCAUGGAGUUGGCCAAGGGGAACCAGCUUUAUUCUCGCAUCAAAGAGGCUGGCCAUCUGCAGGAGGAUGAAGCACGGGGCAUAUUCAGACAAUUAUUAAGUGCUGUGGGAUACUGCCAUGAAGAAGGCAUUAUACACCGGGACCUUAAACCCGAUAACAUACUAGUCGAUACCAAGGGAAGAAUUAAAAUCGUUGAUUUUGGCUCUGCCACUCAAGUGCGGCCUGGGCAAAAGUUGAGAACGCACUAUGGGACUUAUGCAUUUUCUGCUCCUGAGCUGUUCCUCGGGAAAUUUUAUGAGGGCCCCAAGGUCGACGUGUGGGCCCUAGGAGUAAUUCUUUAUUAUAUGACAGUUGGAAAACUCCCAUUUGAGGCUGUCGGGCUACCACUACUCCGAAGGCAGGUUGUGUUAGGGACUUAUGCUGAACCACUUGGCCUGUCAGAAGAGCUACAAGACCUGCUGAGUCUUUUAAUGAAAGUGAAUUCCCAGCAGAGGCCCACAAUUCCUGACCUUUUGACUCAUCCCUGGCUUAAGAUAGACUCAGAGGGGUUCCCACAACCUUGUAAGGAACUCAUCCCCCUCAGGCCAGACCCAGCCAUUCUUAGAGCAAUGCAGGACAUUGGAUUUGAAGCCCAAGAGGUUAAAGACUCCCUCGAUCAGAAGAAAUUCAACCAAAGUAUGGCUUGUUACUACUUUUUGGAAAAGCAGGCUCUUCAAGAGUGUGACAUCCCAACCCGGCCUCAUCCAUGCAUGACCCCAUUCCCGACCCUUGAUUACCCUGCUACUUCAGUGCGAGGGCUCAGAAGGCGAGGAAGCGAGCCCAGAUGGCUCGGGUCAUCCUCUGAUAGUCAAGGUUCUGACCUCGGCCAGACAGCUAGUCAUGGAUUAGUCAAGAGGGCCAGUUGGCCUGGCAGUCUUCUCUGCAGGCCACAUCAGAUAACACCCACAGUGGAGCUAACCCACAGAAUUUCUAUUAGUGACCCCUGCUUUUAUUCAGUGCACAGCAAAGGCAAGAAGACCAUCAACACUAAAAGCACAGAAGACAAAUCCAGUGCCUCAGCAGAGGUUAAGCCUGUCGCAAGCAGGCCCUGGCCCAAAAGAUUUAGGGGGUGGGUCAAGAACAUCCGAAAUGGCCUGAUGAACCUGUGUUGCUGCAUUCCGUCCAGAAAAAAACCUCCCCUGGGGCACAACAGAGUUGUUCCCCAGAAAUGAAGAACAUAGAAGGAAUCCAGAGAGCAAGCAUCCAACACUGCCCAGAAGAUCACUAGAGGAUGCCGGAUGCUGCAUCUCUGCAGUCCCAGUGUUGAAGAGGACCCACGUGUGGACACGGACCUGCAGAAGGGAGCGCUGUGAGAGCUGUCACGUUCCAGGUCAGCUGUCGAAGGAUGAAAGCAAAUGAAGAGAUGCCAGGUGGCAAGAGAGCACCUCAAAGGCAUCACUCUUCCUGGUGGAGGUUGAAAACCAGUCCAAAGCUGGUAAAGACCAGAGCCCUUUUGCCGACCAGGGUCACAUCACACACCUCCUCUUGGCACAAGUUCUCGCCUCACUCUUAGUGGAGGAUAUACGGCUUCUUGAUGUGUUUAUCUGACUCUGAGAAUAAAAUAGCUGUUUGUGAAA